AUGACAACUUCCAGCAACCCUCAUUUUGACAUCGUUGCUCGUCUCCAGGACGCCAGCGAGCGGAAAUCUGACGGGAACGAUCAUUUCCGCCAGGCUCGAUGGAACGAAGCUUUAAUUGCCUAUCAAGCAGGAUUGAAUCGACUUCCCCAAAGAAGGUCUGAGGCAGAUGUAACUUCAGACGUUUCCGAAGACGAUGAUAAUGAGCGGCAUCACUCAGUCGCUACGUCGAUUGAAGGGGACCCCGCGGAGGAAUCUCUCGACGCCAAUCCUGGUGGAGGAGAGGUGUUGUUGUCUGAAGACAAUGAGCGCGAAGUGAUGCAACUGAGAUCCGUGCUGUACGCAAACAUUGCAGCCUGCCACGUCAAGUUGACCACUGACACGACAGAGGGAGAACACAAAGAAGCUGUUGACGCAUGCACGCAAGCCUUGAAGGAUAACCCAACCUAUGAGAAAGCACUUCACCGAAGAGCCACCGCCAAUGAAACGAUCAAUACCUGGUCAUCACUGACUGCAGCUCAAGAAGAUUACAAGGCCCUCCAACAAUUGGCUAAAUCUUCGUUACAAAAGUCGGAAAUAGAAACAAAGCUGAAGAAUCUACAACCGAGACUGGAGGCAGCUCAGAAGAAGGAAACUGCGGAGAUGGUCGACAAGUUGAAGGGGUUUGGGAACAGCAUACUAGGCAGGUUUGGAUUGUCGACAGACAACUUCAAGUUCGAACCAAAUGGGCAGGGCGGUUAUUCGAUGAACUUCGUGCAAUAA